GCCCUAAAGGGACAAGUCAUAGCCGUCACGAGGAGGUUGUCUAGUUAUAAAUUUAACAAAUCUGGAACCUGUAAAAAAUUUUAGAGACGUCGCCACGAAUUUCGUUUGAUCUCGAAACUUCCCCAAUCUUCCGUCGUGUGCAUCAGGAAAGGGGGAGAUUAAUGGCGGGAGGAGGAAACUUUAUUGGGAGAGUGAUCUCAUACGUUGCGAACGAGCUCAUUGUUAAUGGUUUGUCUAACAGCCAUGCUUUCCAGAGGUUUGCUGUGAGGACUUCAAAAAGAAUAGAGAACAUCUCUAAAAUGGCUGCAGAGAGUAAGGAGAAAGUCGCUCAGCAUAUGGAAGAACUUUCCAAGAACUCUGACUCUUUCAAGAAACCGUGAGAAUUCAAGUUGUUCGAAGUGGGUGAGAUUACAUGGGUCAAAGCUCAAAUAGUGAGUGAGAGGGGAUGGUUUGCUAUGUCUAUAUAAAAAGAAUGCUUGAAUGUAAUAAGAUUGUGUGUUAAACACAAGCACUGAUCUUUUGAGCCUUUUCUGUUAUUUAAAAUAUUUGUGAAGUC